CCCCCCCCCCCCCCUCCUUCUCCCCCCUUCCCCCUCUCCCGCUCGCCCGCAGCCGCUCUCCCGCUCGCCCGCCCGCGCCGCGCACUCCACCCGUCUGCCAUGGAGACCCCUGGCUCCGCCUUCGCCGCUGCCCUCGAGGCCCUGAAGAAGAACGACGAGUACAUCGACAGCAUUCUUCGUCACAUCACCGCGACCAAUGCUCAGGUCGCUGCCGACCCCCAGCGUGUCCUUCAGGAGACCCGCAACUAUGCCUUCUCUGGCCUUGGCGCCUUCGCUUACCAUGUCAAUGUGACGGCCCAGCACCUGGCUGACCAUAUCAGCAGCCAGACCAACGAGAUUGACGCCACUCUGGCCAAUGUCCGCGCCGUGCGCACCUUCCUCUCGACGGAAAAGGACUACGCCUCGCGGGCCACCCUCGGGGACUUCGACACCCCGGCCGAUCCGCCAAAGAACAUCUUCGCCAAUCGUGUUGUCCGCCACCCCGUGCCAAUGUCCAGCGCCCUGGCCCUAGAGGAGGCCGCCAGCGCCCCGGCCAGCCUCGAGGCGGCCAUCCCGGUCAACACGGCUGGCAUUGCCCUGACCACCUCUCGUCUGGCUGGGCAGCCGACUGCCGACGAGGACUCCAACUGGCGCAUUGACUUCUCCAGCUUCGACAGCGUCGGCACGCCCUUCCUCACGGAUGGUAGCCGCCCGGUGAGCUUCGCUGCCCCUUCGACGACGCCAACCGCCUCGCCGACGGUCGACGCUCAGACCGCCUCCGAGCCGGCUGCUGCUGGCGGUGCCGCCCCUGGCCUCACCCCCAACCUGCUGAGCUUCCGCCGUCGACCGACCACCUCGGUAUACGCCACCAACUCUCCUGUUUCUCCUAGCCUCCUCGUCCCGGGUGCGCCGUCCACCCUGCCGGUGCCGCCGCCAGAUGCCUCGGGCUUCGGCGUGCCGCCGCCGCCGCCUGUCUCGGAUGCCUCGGGCUUUGGUGCGCCGCCGCCGGCCGAUGCUCCCCCUCCGGCUUUCGGUGCGCCGCCGCCGCCGCCUCCGCCGCCGCCGGCCGACGACGACGACGACCAGGACAACUGGGACGACAGCGCCAGCUUCACCGCGGCGCCGCCCAUGCCCCCGCCUCCGGCUUCCUCCGGCUUUGGAAACAUGUCCUUCGGCAUGCCUCCCUCGAUGGGGAACUCCGACGACAUCAUCGACGACGAUGCCUUUGCCUCGUCGGCGGCGAUGUACUCCUCGGCCCCUCCGCCCCCUCCGCCGAGCUCCGAGAAGACCUGCCGUGUGCUCUACUCCUACGAGGCCACCGCCCCCGAGGAACUCUCUCUCAAGGAGGGCGACACCAUUCUCAUCAUCAGUGAGGACAUCGGCGAUGGCUGGACCGAGGGCGAGGACCCGCGCGGUGUGCGCGGCUUUUUCCCCACUUCCUAUGUGGAGUUCGUUUGAGCGCGUGCCGCUGCCGGACGAGAGGGGACUCCUUCCUCCCCAGGAGGGUCCCCUUCUCUCCCUCGACCCACAUGCAACUUUGCUCCUGGAGGGAGGGAGGGCUGCGCGGCACUGCUCGACAAAAUACACUUUAUGUGGGAUCCCCACCCCCGCGCCCGACUCCCUGUGGUGCAACGGGUUCCCCCUGCUUCUUUCUGC